AUGAUCAUCGAUUCAGACGAAAGGACCAUUUUUAGUCACGACAAAAGGGAGGAAACCACUGAAGAUGUUUACAGCCAAGGUACUAUUGACCCGAUCUAUCAGCGCAAGGCCCACAUCCUCAACGAUGCGAUUCAGGAUAUUGGGAUGGGGAGAUAUCAGUGGGCUUUAUUCGUAGUUACAGGCUUUGGCUGGCUUGCAGACAAUUUAUGGCCGAUUGUAACUGGACUCAUACUACCCCCAGUCGUACAAGAAUUUCAAUUCCAAGGACCUUUCCUCAAACUUGGGCAGAAUAUUGGUCUCCUCGUUGGCGCGGUAUUCUGGGGUGUAGGGUCCGACAUUUGGGGACGCAGAAUUUCCUUCAACAUUACUCUCCUGAUCACGGGCAUUUUUGCGCUUGCAGCAGGAGGUUCACCAAAUUACGUUGCUUUGUCUUCGUUCGCUGCAGUAUGGUCUAUCGGCGUCGGAGGUAAUCUUCCUGUCGAUUCCGCAAUAUUUUUGGAAUUUCUCCCAAAGUCGCACCAGUACCUGCUUACUGUCCUUUCUAUAUGGUGGGCGUUUGGUCAGCUGCUGGGAAGCUUGGUCGCCUGGCCUCUGAUUGGUAACUAUUCAUGCGAGACCAACCAGGUUCCCUGUCCGCGUUCGGCAAACCAAGGAUGGCGAUAUUUCCUGUUCGCGAUGGGGGGAUUGAUGAUGUUGCUUUGGGGCUACCGAUUUUUCGUCUUCAAGCUCUACGAGAGUCCCAAGUACCUGAUGGGUAGGGGAAGAGACGCUGAGGCUGUAGAGACCGUACAUAAGGUUGCUAGGUAUAACGGGAAAGAAAGCACCUUGACGGUUGAAGAUCUGAGAAAGGCAGGCGAGGAGAAAGAGAAAGAGAAACCUGUGGCUAUGGAUACUUCUGUGAAGGCAGCAGUUCGAAGGAACUUGAGUGAGCUCAGCGGGGAUCAUGUUCGUCCGUUAUUUUCCAGUGCAAAACUGGCCUGGUCGACUAGUCUGAUCAUCAUCCUAUGGGCGCUUAUUGGACUCGCCUUUCCUCUGUACAACGCCUUCGUUACCUAUUAUUUAUCAACACGAGGCGCUGAUUUCGGUGAUGGCUCCGUGUACAUCACCUAUCGCAACCAAACCAUCUUAAGCGUAAUCGGAGUUCCUGGGGCAUUAUUAGCAGGAUACCUCGUUGAGCUCCCUUUGCUCGGCCGUCGUGGUACCUUGUCGAUAUCAACAGUCCUUACCGGCGUGUUCAUCCUCGCAUCGACCACCGCACGGACCUCUGACGCCUUGCUCGGAUGGAAUUGUGCGUAUAGUUUUACGAGCAACGUAAUGUAUGGCGUCCUCUACGCCCUUACACCCGAGUUGUUCCCUACCAAGGAUCGCGGUACGGGGAAUGCACUUGCAGCUGCUGCCAAUAGGGUUUUCGGAGUUAUGGCCCCGAUUAUCGCUUUGUAUGCGGAUUUGACGACUUCUGUACCGAUGUUUGUUUCGGGAGCGCUGUUUCUGGUGGCGGGAGUUAUAUCGCUGCUGUUACCGUUUGAGUCGAGGGGAAAGGCAGCUUUGUGA